UGCAUUGCCUACCCUGAUCCUUAACCCUGGUAAUGCUGCCUGGGGAGGAAAAGAGCAUGUCCUAAAAUUGUAUGUGAGAAAGUAUCUGGGUGGUAGCUGCUUUCUGUCACGGAGGAUGGUUGUUGGCUUUCCAUGUCCCAUAAGUGUUGUAUAAUAGCCCUGGUUCAUUAAAUUGAACCUCUUUUCAAAUGAACAGCUGUUCCUCUUUGUGGCAGGACUCUCACAGGUGCCCUAAGCAUACAAGAACACCACCGGAGGAGUGAAAGCUUCAUGGGGCUUUGCUGGGGUGCUCCCCCAGCAGGCAGAGCCAAUGGCAACGGCCUGCCCCAGGGGAUGGCAGCCCUGGGGCUGCCUUGGCACAGCACCCAACCUGGGCACCCUGGCCCCUUCCUCCUUUUUCAGCCCAAGAUGCUGCUGACUUUCCUCCGAGGUAUCUGCUGUCCACUCUUUACCUUCUUAGACCACUGUGUUUACCAACUACACCUGGAAAUACAGCCUUUCUGCACAUCUUUGUGUUUUUCCUUACGUUCCCAGUUUAUCCUGUGUUGAGGUUUCCUGGGGUUUCUCAGGCUGUGACGGACGAUGUUGCAUUAUUAUUCCUGUCUUAUUUUUCAUCUGUAUCAAAUAGUACGCCUUACACAAAGGAAAUGUAGUUUGAGGUACUCAGAAUAAACAGUGUGCACUGAAAUGGUUCUGAUUCACAUGUUGGGAGGAAGCAUAGGUUCCCCUCUCAUCAGUGAGAUUUGUCGCCAGUUACCACAUGCCUGGAAUUAAUUCAGUGUAGCUGCAGCUUUUACGUUAACUUCAUUGGAGCAGGGGCUGACAAGAAAGCAAUCUUCGUAACCCAAAAUAGGGUUCUGGCUUUUAACAUGGAGAGAUCCAGGGAAGUUGUCCGUAGUAGGUCCAAGACAAGCUCUCAACUUCCACCCAAACCGUGCUUCAGCUGCUGUAAGCCACUGCCGUAGUUGAGGUGCUUCUGUAGAGUGUGGGGCUGAUAAAAUAAGGAGUUACUUUCUCUGGUCGCUCUCCCUACUUUGGCCUUAGCUAGGAACGCAGAGAAAAUAUUUUUCUUGGACAUGACAUACUCUGAACACCUUACUUAUAUACCUCUUGCUUUAAAUAUUCUGCCUUUUUGAGAUUUUGUUAAAAAUCCACCCAGCCUUUUUGCAAAGGCCUGAGGUAAAACUUCACGCUCGCUUUGGAAAAGUGACAACUUUCUGCAUGAAAACUGGGACUGUUCCUUUAAACGCAACCCCAAUAUGUCUGGGUAUUUCAGCACAUAUGGGCCAUGAUGGUUAAACCUUACCCAGCUGGUCUGGCCGUUCUGCUGCGAAGUCUCCCGUCUUUGUUCGUGGCUAAAAGGGAGGGUGGUGAGAGACGGAGCAAGCUGUGAAUGCUGCGGGUUGCAAUCCUGCAAAGGCGGGCCGCAGGCAGAGCGGGAGGAGGUGAGGCAUGCAGACCUGGCAGCCUGGCUUGCCAUGCCAGAGGGGACAUUUUCCGUGGGGAAGAUGAUGUUCUUGGAAGUAUGAACUCGAAGGGGCCUUUAAACUUCCUAUGGGCACUUUGUUCUCUGUUUUCUAUCCUUCUCCUUUCCCCCUCCUGCCUUUUGUCAUUUUUCAGGCUGGCUCUCACACCAGUCCCCUCUUCCCAACCUGUCCCCUAUAGGGACAGCCCCUUUCAGAGGCUUGUGUGGUGCUCCUGCAAAGGCAGAGACGUGGGAUGGACAGGCUUUCAGACAGGAUUUUCCCUACCAAGGGAAGAUGAGAGGUUUCCUUCCCUUUGGAGGCCCAGGAAGUACCCUGUGGUGGGAGUUCUAUGGGGAAAUGGCGAUGCUGUCAAUUACUGGGGGAUCUAUGGAGUUGCAGGUGCGUGAGCUCCCUGCAGUAGUGGGUGGCUGCUGCCAGGCUUGGUCAGGGGCUUGUGCCCUGCCCCUCCUGCUGGGGCAGGGGUUGCUGGCAGGACGCUCGGGUGCUCUGGCUGCCCCCUGGGAAGCCCCCGCCACCCAUGCAGCCCUGUGCCAGAGAGGGACUUCGCUUCCUUUCUUCUUCCUCCCGCACAGCCUAAAUACCUUCUUAAUUUCAUCUCAUUAUUUCCUGCCUAAAUAAUUCCCAUUUCUCCUGGGGACCAUAUUUAAACCUUUGAUCUUCUCUGAAGUCUCACAGUCCUGAUCACAUCCUUUCUAUUUACAUUAAUCAAAUGCCUUUUUGACUCAUGGUUUAUAAAUUUGCCAACAGAUGAAUGGAGGCAGCCGCAAUACAGCACACCUUGAAAUCACCCACUGUGUCUCUGGACGGAGCCAGAGCGCCCUGGGCUGGUCCAGAACACCUCUGGCCAGACCUUUGUGUGGAAGGUCCUGCCUGGCUCCUUGUCGCAUCUCAUCUUUGCCCUGCCUCCCGCCUGGCUAAGCGGCAUCGCCUGGGCUCAGGCCCAGCCAGGGAAUGGCCAUCCCCAGGUCAGGAGAGGGUGAGUGUGCCGGCAGUUGAUGGAUGCCGUCUCCUGGGAGGGGGGCACAGCUGCUAUGCUGCACAGCCCCAGCUCCCCGUCUCCCAGGGGUAUCGCUGAUGCACGGCAUGAAGCGGGACUGCAGAGCACAGCUGGAGGGGUAGAGAAGAGUGGCCGCAUAGGCACCGGUGUCCCGGAUACUGGCUCAGUGCUGGGGUGUACCCUGGUGCUGAGGCCGGUGGUGGAAGGGCUGGAGGAAAGGAAGUGGGUGUUGAUGAAGAUGGAUGCGGCAAGGAUGAAUGUGUCGCUCUCUCAUGCAGCGAUGGAGAAGUUGGGGAGCAUGCUGUCCCUGAGCCUGGAGGAUCAUGGCAGCGAGGGCUGAAUGCUUCUCCUGACUGAGACAGGGCUGUGGUAUGGAAAUACUCAGGAGAGGCCCCUGCAUCACAGGCUAUGGUGCCAGACCUCUCCUGCCUCUUUGCUGUGGGUGCUGGCCCCACGUGUGUUGUACAAGGCACAGGGACAGACCUCCCCUCCAAGCCUGUUAGGGAAGCAGCUAAUUAAGCUCUGUAGUGUCCCUGAGAGGUCAGCAGGAGAUAUGCCAGUAUCGCAGCCAUCUCCCUGAGCCUGUGCCAGAGCAGCAGCUUUGUGCUGUGCCCUGGGACAGGGAGACCUGCCUUGCAUCUCCUUGUUCAGAUGUGCUCUGAAUUUGAUGCUCUGCGUUGAUGCCCAACGCCCCAGGACAGACACCCUGAUGUCCCCUGCCUCAGCUGGGCUCAGGAUGGAAGGCUCCUGCCUGGGUUGUCCCAGUGGUCCCACGAGCCCUCAGCAUGGCUCCAGCGAGGCCGGGCAGUGGGGAGAGAGCCUUUACAAAUAUUAUUGUUGUUAUUACCCAUAAAUAUAUGCAGGCACUUAACGACCUUGGCAUGGAGCAUUUCCUGGGGAUUAAUGACCAGUUGGCUUUAAUAGUCCUUAGCUGCACCUCAGGCCAUCAGCUCCUCCCAGCCCAUCAUUAAUCCACUGGAAAUGUCUCAGGCAUCGAUCCUCAUUGCUUAAUUAAUAAAUGCAACUUGUCUCUCCGCCUGAGAUUUACAGAUACGCGCUGCUUCUUUCCCUGCUGCUUUGAAGGUGACUUUUUUAGCACAGGUCCCUCAUGCCAGGAGGCCCUCACGGGUCUUUGUUUCCUGGCAUUCAUAUGGGUGUGGGUCAUGGCAGCAGGAAAGUCUUUUCUCUCCUGGGCAGGAGGGAAGGAACUGAAACACUGCUGGGUUUGGGGUUUCUCCUGCUAAUGUGGAACAGCACAAGGAGUACAUCUUUCCCACCGAAUGCAGAGGCUUGGUUACAUUCAGCUGAGUGCAUCCAAGAGCCUGGGCAAGAGGGAGUGUCAGCUGGCAUGGAAAAAACAUGAUAGACAGCUCCAAAAGGUUGCUCGGCCACUGGUGAGGGAAGAUUUGCCUGCCAGAGGAUGGGGUGCAUGGGGCUGGGCUGGCUGGCAGCACUGGCCAUGCUGUGUGGGGCUGUCGGGGAUGCUUCCAGCAGAGGCUUCCUCUGGAAAAGGGACAUUACAUCCACCUCUGUAUCCCCCAGGCAUCAAAUGUGGGGGGGUGCUUUCCGCACCCUCUGGCAAUUUCUCCAGCCCCAACUUCCCAGAGCCGUACCCCUAUGAGACGGAGUGCACGUGGCUGAUUGUGGUGGCCGAGGGCUCCUCCAUCCUGCUCUCCUUCAGCCACUUCGAGCUGGAGUACCACGCCACCUGCGCCUAUGACUACCUCCAGGUCUACAACGGGGCGACCCGGGACCAGGGCAAUCUCCUGGGCACUUUCUGUGGCCGCAGCCCCCCACCACCCUUCGCCUCUGCCUGGCACAUCAUGGCUGUUGUCUUCCACUCUGACCGCCAUGUGGCCAAGCACGGCUUCGCAGCUGCCUACCGAAAAGAUGCUUGCGGUGGGCAGCUGACUGGGCUGUCCGGGGAGAUCACCAGCCCCCGCUAUCCCGAGAGCUACCCCAACGAUGCCGAGUGCCGCUGGAGCAUCAGGGGGGCCGGCAGUGGCAGUCCCCUCACCCUGGUGUUCGCUGACUUCCAAGUGGAGGGGGGUCAGGGCUGUGGCUUUGACUAUGUGGCCAUUUUUGAUGGGCCCACCACUGCCGCCCCCUGCCUGGGACACUACUGUGGCAGCGCCCGCCCACCCCGCACUGUCUCCUCCGCCCCACACCUCCUUGUCCUCUUCAAGUCUGACUUCAACAUUGGUGGCAGGGGCUUCAAGGCCCAUUUCUACUCAGGUGAGUGCCAGGAGGUGUUCACCACCAUCAAAGGCAAUUUCUCCAGCCCUCAGUAUCCCAACUUCUACCCCAACAACCUCAAGUGCCAGUGGAGCAUCCAGCUGCCCCCAGGCUAUCGCAUCAAGGUCUUCUUCAUGGACAUGGAGCUGGAGGGCCGGAGCAGCCUGACAGACAGCUGCGACUACGACCACCUGGCCGCCUUUGAUGGUGGUGCUGAGAACGGGUCCCUGCUGGGGCAGUGGUGUGGGCAGGAGAGCCCAGCACCCAUCACCUCCAGCCACAAUCAGCUGCUGCUUGUCCUCCACACCGACCGCAACAUGGCCAAGAGAGGCUUCUCUGUUGCCUACGUGGGAGUUGUGCCCGUGAACGUCAGCUGCACCCGGACGGACUUCCACAUCCAGAUCCCUGUGCAGUCCCUGGCCCAGCUGGAGAGGAAUAGGAUUUAUUUGGGGAACCCCUCCUGUGCAGCACAGGUGGUUGGCAGGAACUUCAAAAUACACACCAGGUUUGACACCUGUGGCACCGAAUCCCAGAAACGCAACAACACAUCCGUCAUCAUCAGCACCCUCUACAUCGAUUUUUCGGUGGGCAACCAGGAGGACAUCCACCAGUACGAGGUGCAGUGUGAGCCAAAGAGGAAGGAAGCCUCAGUGACUCUCAUUGCCGGCCCUGAACCAUCCAGGCUCAGCCAGGCAGAAAACCUGGUAGGUGCCCAACAGCAGGAUGGUGGAGUGAUGGACACCCAUGAAAUCAAGAGCCAGGACACCAGUGACAUUGUCUUCAUCAGCAUCUGCAUCCUGGCUGGGCUUCUCAUGGUCAUCGCGGUGGUGGGGCUCGUGCUUCUGUAGGAUGCUGCUCCCCAAACCUGUGAUGCCAGCCCUGGUUGGGGUGGAAACACGCCCCAAAAACCCACCCUCACCCGAGGCCGAGCACUAACACAGCUGCUUAAAUGGAGACACAGCUCCCAGGCCCUGAAACAGAGCCUGAACUCAACCCCCACCUCCUCCCAGCGCCUGAAAAAUCUGGGCAAUAGCAGCCGUUUCCCUUCCCAAUUUGUUUUCCUCUGUCUCAAUCUGUCUGUUUGGCUCAGGAGUGCAAUUCUUGCGCUUACUAACUCUUCCCGCACCUGCUUCAAUUUGUUUUCCCUCUGGUGCUGCUGCUGCUUUCGGGAAAGUAACAUUGUUUGCUGAUGGCUGCGAAUCAUCCUGUCAAUUACUUCUAGCUGAAUUCUUGAAGGUCCAAACCAUCUCAAAUACAGUGAUAUUCCCAACAAGUAUUUUCCAUGCUCUCACCCAUGCUCGGGGGGGUACCACUGAGCUGUGUUAUAGGUAUCUCCACUUGGCUGUAGCUCAUGUAGAUGCUUCCAGGUGGUGUUUCUGGAUGUCUGCAGGUGAUGUGAGGAGAUCCAUUCACCGGAUGCCCUGGAGCUCCUCAUUUGGUGUUCGCAUGUUGUCUAAUGGGCCCAUUGCUCACAGGACUCACCUGAGUGCGUCAGCCACCAGCAGCUGGAGGGAAGGAGAAUGA